UAUACAUCACUGGGUGUUGCAGAAUGUUAUAUUAUUUUUUUAAGUGCGCCUGGUUAACGUACGCCACCUGGUUGUAUUUAAUGAAACAGGCUACAGGUGUAUGGGGAAGGAGGGAUCGCAGCAAGUAGGCUACAAAAAAAAAACUUUCAAAUUACAGAGUCGUCACUAACAGUUGGCAUUUAGCAUUUUCUAAGUGUGUUUGUAUUGGUUAGCUUUCCAAUUGCUUCAAUUGAUUUGUUAAUAAUAAUCAGAGUUGAAUAGUUUAACCCCGCCCCUUGUGUCUGUGUGUAAAUGGGCUGGCUCUCGGGAGUGAUAAGAACCCAGCUGCCGAAGUCUCAGGAGACAGAGAGGGGAUUGGUCCCUUAACAGUAAUGACUUGGGUGCCUUAAAAUACAAAGAACUGUUUUUAACUGAAAGCGAACUCCGCUUUUGUUGGUGCAUUGACGAAGUUGGCUAAUUGUUGUAUUAUAGUUUCUAAAACUGCUGACAACAGCUAUACCGACAAAGAGAAUAUUAUCUGCUAUUUGUGUUUUUUGCAGCUGAAACUGACAACUGAAACGCUGACAUCCCAGUAUUCGGAAACUGAUACAGUUACAAGAGAGACAAAAAAAUGAAACUGGAAGUUUUCUACAGGAGCAGCACUGAGGAGAAGCCCUUGGAGGUGGGCAGCGAUGUUGAGGCCAGUAUCCCGUCUCCGCUUUCCGGCGAAGAAGAGCUAGGUUCAGAUGGGGACUGCGUAGCAAAUAGCCCUGCACCUGUUAACGCGGCCGCUGAUGGAAAGGGCAAGCCCUACACCAGGAGACCCAAACCACCAUAUUCUUACAUCGCACUGAUCGCCAUGGCAAUUAGAGACUCUACAACUGGACGUCUCACUCUGGCUGAGAUCAAUGAGUACCUGAUGAAAAAAUUCCCUUUUUUCAGAGGAAGUUAUACCGGUUGGAGGAACUCGGUACGCCAUAACCUGUCUCUGAACGACUGCUUUCUGAAAGUGCUUCGGGACCCUUCCAGACCAUGGGGCAAGGACAACUACUGGAUGCUGAACCCAAACAGCGAGUACACCUUUGCCGAUGGGGUAUUCCGGCGCAGGAGGAAGCGAAUCAACAAAAAAACUGCGAAAGACCCGGAGGAUUUAGAUCAUCCUGUCAAUGAGGAGCUACCCAGUUCCAUCGCCACUGCCUCAGUUGUUAAAGAUGAGAGAGCAGCGAUCAAGUUUUCAAGCUCCUUUGCUAUUGAUAGCAUCCUGAGCAGACCAUUCAAAAGAAAAGAAGACAUGCAGCCUGAGCCUUGCAGUGGUAGAGUGUUGUGGCCUAAUAGCACCCCCUUGAUGCCUUAUCUUGUGUCAUAUCCACCUGCUGCUCACAUUCAGCCGGUGUUUCCAAUCAACACCAGUGCCUCGCAUUUGCUGCAGGCGUACAGGUGUGGCUUAUCAGACCUCAUUGGAGCAGACCAUCUUUUUAACUAUUUGGUAACAGACGGCUUGCCCAACUCCGAGGUUUACCCUGCCAUCCGAAUGCCGACUGCUGUGCGAGCGCCAACCAGCAGUUGCCACUCGUUCAAAAUUGACUCUUUGCUUGGAUGACUGGGACGGAGGAGAAAAAAGAAGCAUUUUUCCUGAGCACUUUCUUAAAGACUAUACUGUACUGUGUUUGAUAACUAAAUGCAUCUCACUGCAUUGACUUGCUUGACAAUCAGUCGCUUGAAACUGAGAGCGUAACAUAUAUAUAUUUUUUUUUUGUAUUUUGUUGUUGCUUGACAACCAGCAGUUUUUCUGGUCACUACAAAUUAACUAUGAAACAAAUUCAGGGCAUUUAUAAUAAGUUAUAGUUUAACACACGUUUCUGCUGCAAACGAUGGCAUGAUUGUGCCAAAAUGUAGAAAAAUCAGUUUUCUUUGGUUUGUUUUUAUUAUUAAUGUUAUAUUAUUUGUUUUAUUGCAAACAAUGUUUUUAUUAUUAUUAUUAUUAUUAUUUUAUUAAAUGACGGGCUGCAGCGUUUUGUGGUUUAAGUAAAGGCUGACGUUUAUUAGUGACAAAGCUCGAAUCGAGCUAUAGAGUUGUACACAAUUUCUACCACUGCCAAUGUAAUCCAGACGAUUAUUGUGUAUUUUCUUUAAAAUUAUGCAUGAGCGUUAUUUUUUAAUAAAAUAUAUUACUAAACAA